CCGUGGCUGCUAUGCUGUGCUAGCAUCAACUGGGUGAAGUGGAGCCGACUUCCCAACUGAUACACCCGCUUUUAAAAUCUUUAAUACACGGUUAUUCGCGUUUUCAACUCAGCUAUAUCUGAGCCAACAUGCCUCCGAAGAAACCCGCCCAGCCCGCGGGGAAUAAAAAAACCCAAGAGAAGAAAAAGGAGAAGAUUAUUGAGGACAAGACAUUUGGCUUGAAGAACAAGAAAGGGGCCAAGCAGCAGAAGUUCAUCAAGAACGUUACUCAACAAGUCAAACAUGGACAACAAAGUGCCAGACAGUUGGAUGCAGACAAGACCAAUAAUAAGAAGACUGAUAAGAAGAAGGAGUUGGAUGAACUCAAUGAGCUGUUUAAACCGGUAGUCGCGGCACAGAAAGUCAGCAAAGGUGUUGACCCAAAGUCAGUGCUGUGUGCAUUCUUCAAGCAGGGUCAAUGUACUAAAGGUGACAAGUGCAAAUUCAGCCACGACUUGUCAAUGGAGAGGAAAUGUGAGAAGAGAAGCGUCUACGUGGAUGAAAGGGACGACGACCUGGAGAAAGACACUAUGGAUAACUGGGAUGAGAAGAAACUGGAGGAGGUGGUCAACAAAAAACACGGCGGAGAGGCGGAGAAGAAGAAAGCCAAAACACAAAUCGUGUGCAAGCACUUCCUGGACGCCAUAGAGAAUAAUAAAUACGGCUGGUUCUGGUCAUGUCCGGCAGGCGACGUCUGCAUGUACCGACAUGCUCUGCCACCUGGCUUUGUCCUGAAAAAAGACAAGAAGAAGGAGGAGAAAGAGGAGGAAAUUUCGCUGGAGGAGUUGAUAGAAAAUGAGCGUGCAGCUCUGGGUGUCAACGUGACUCGGAUCACCCUGGAGACUUUCCUGGCUUGGAAGAAGAGGAAAAGGCAGGAGAAGAUUGACAAAGUGAGGGAGGAGAUGGAGAAGAAGAAGGCCGACUUCAAGGCUGGAAAAUCGCUAACGGUGAGCGGGCGUGAGGUGUUCGAGUUCCGUCCAGAGUUGAUCGAUAUUGAUGAUGACGAAGCCGACGACACUCAAUAUGUCAGCGAAGAUGAUGAAAAUGAGGAGGAAGAGACUAAUUCUACAGAUGUCCAGGACAUAGACUUAUCCCGCUUCGUUCCACAAGAGGUCGACAACACAGGCAUCACCGUAGCAUCCACGGACCGCUUCACCUCGAGGAACAAGACUCAGCCGACAGAAACGGACAACGAGGAGCAGCUGAACGGAGCUUGCGGUGGCGAAGAAGCCAACGGUCUUUCAGGAGCAGAAGGAGGCGGGGAGGACGGUGGAGGGGAAGAGGAUGAAGAGGAGGAAGAGGAAGUACCAGUGGACGAGAACCUGUUCACGGGAGAAGAUCUUGAGGAACUCGACGAGGAACUUAACACACUGGCGCUGGAGGACUGAGAGGGAGCGCGCGAGAGGGAAGGGAGCGAGAGCUGGAAGUUAAAAACAAUAUGAUGAAGGGAUCGACUGAUGGAUGCAUGGAGCUAAACAACAAAGAGACCAGAUGUUUGAAUGAUUUUAAAUUUCAGAGACUCCAGUAAUAAAGCCUGAUUAUUUCAUGACAUCACUGCCUGUCUCUGGCGCCCCUCUGUUUUCUGUAUCGCCCCUCUCACAUCCCACCACGUCCUCGGCUUUUUGUCCAUUGGGUGUCCAAAUUUCCACAGCAGGGCCAAUGAUUGUUGCUUGUCAGAAUUUCCAUUAAGAGAAUUUGGCUGUCGUGCACUUCUUGUUACUUGGCAAACUUGCUGGCUUCCGUUGAAACUGAAAUUACUUCUGAAAUAAAUUCGGCUUCCUAAUCACUUAAAUACUGAAUGUAGUGAUUUGCAGAGAGCAACAUUGUAAGUUUAAGCACUCUACUUGUGAGAUUGUACCUGGUUAAGACUUCCAAUAAAUGAAAUUACAUCGAUAGAUGUUUGAAAGAGUAAUAAAGUUGUACAAUGUAGGAGCUGAACAGGAGGGAUUCUGUUGUAAGAAACUGAAUCUGUUCAGAUUUCCACCUGCUCUCAUACCAAAAUAAACACUGCAGUUUGAGGUUUAACUUUCAUCAUUCUGAAAAGUUUUACCCUCAACAAAUAUAUAUUUUAUUUAGUUAAAGUGCUUUUGAAAAAUUCUUUAUGGAAAAACUUUUUGAGGGACAAAUCCAGAUCAAGCUUAUAGACCAGACUAUAAUAAAGCCCCAGCAGGGAAACCAAAUGGUCCCAAUGCCAGCCCAGAAUUGUAAAUAAUGUUCUCAUGAAAUGCCUCCUGAAACAAUAAAAGAUAACUGUACAUCCA